UACAAAUAUGGACAGAUGCUAUGAAUGUUAACGCAAUCAGUGAUUCUGAAUUCAUUGUUACACACAAUAAAAGCGAUACAUUUUUCGAAUAAAGAAUAAAAAUUCAGUGGACGUAAGGGCAGAAAGAGAUUCUUGGAUGGAGGCUUUCUGGAAGGCAUCUGCCCGCAAAAAUAUAAAAACUAAGUGGAUGGAAAAUGUUAGAUUAUCUAAAAUAUCAGAAGAGGACUUUGAUAGAAGUUCUACAGAAAGAUCACCCAGCCCUCCUGUGGAUUAUGCUGAAAAUCUAGCUCGCUUUAAAAGAAGCAGUAGUAAAGAGAACAAUAUGUUGAAUGAUUUUCAGGAACCUCAUGAUAAUGCAGAACCACUAUAUGCGGAACCAAAACCAUUAUUACCACGACAAAAAAUUACACCAAGACUAAAAAUUCCACCAGGACUAAAAAUUCCACCAGGACCAAAUUCACCAGGAUCAAAUUCACCAGUGCCAAAUUCGCCAGGACCAAAUUCACCAGUGCCAAAUUCACCAGGACCAAAUUCACCAGGACCAAAAUCACCAGUACCAAAAUCAGCUAUACGAUUUCCACCUGUCCCACCACCACCGCCACCACCACCACCAUUGCCUCAAAACCACAUUGCUUCAAAGACAGGACAGUUUCAUUCUGUGAAAGAGCUGAAGCAUUUCCCAGUACCAAAUCUCAACAAGAGUUUGCUGAAUACAUCAGUCUGGCAAAACCUACCAGAUCUAACACCAAAUUUAAAAUUUAAAUUACUGGAAGAAAAAUUUGCUGUUAAAGAGAAAGGAAAAACCAAAACAGCAGUAACAACUAAUACCGAUAAAGUAUUCAUGAACGAAAAGAAGGCUCAAAACGUCAUGAUCUUGAUGAGAGGGAGGUUUCUUCAGUCUGUAAGAAGCGUAUCUUCAGCUCUUGUUUCACUCCAAGAACUUAAUUAUGUUACGUUGGAAGAUAUACGCACUCUUCAAAAAUAUCAACCUGAUGCUGAUGAAAUUGAAAUGUAUCAGAGACUACAGACUGAAGAAGUUGAGCUGAAACCUGUUGAUGAUUGCAUGCUAAAAUUGUCCCUGAUACCUUGUUUUAGAGAUCGUCUUGAAUUGAUUCACACCAUAUGGAGCUUUUCUGAAGAGAAUACAGAAUUUAUUAUGUCAGUUAACAUUGCAUCAAAGUUGUGUGAUGAGAUAUUGCGCUCUGAACGAUUAGUAAAAGUUUUAGCCUAUGUCUUGGCUAUUUUCAAUUAUCUAAAUUCUUCUGGAAGUAGAAAAUUCAAUGCACUGCCUGGUUUUGAUAUGAAUUACCUCAGUAAUCUGGAUUCAAUACGGGGAAUGGGUAAUUAUACAGUUCUUAAAGUUCUCAAGUGUCAUUUAGAAGAUGAUAAUGACAAAACUUUGCAAGAGUUUCCUGAAGAUCUGAAAUCUUUGCUUCAAUGUGAACCCUUCUCAAUCAAAUCAUUGACUGUCAGUUUGGAAGUCUGGAAACAAACAAUGGCAAAUAUAAAAAAUUUGCUCACAUCGAUUGAAAAAAGAUUGAAAAGAACUUCAGAAAAUGAUGUCAAAUUCUUUGCAGAAGUCAAGGCUUUUCAAUCCCAGAAAAUGAAAGAACAUGGAAAAAUUUCAAGCAAAUGCACACAGAUUCAGAAAAUGUUUAAUAGUAUAUUGAAAAAGUUUGCUCUAAGUCCACAAAUUUCAUCUGAAAAAUUUUUUGAAAAUCUUCAAAAAUUCGUCAGAGACUAUAUAAAUAUUACUUAAAGUAACAAAAUGUUUCCAAAAUCUUAAAAAAAUGAUGCAUCUAAAAAGAUGCAAAAACAAAAGGUGCUACACAUUUUUUUUUCUUUAAUUUAAGAAAACAAGCAAAACAUUUCCACAUUUAUAUAAAACGAAAACAAACGGUGCUUGUUUGAACUCUCAAUUAAAAAAUAUUCAAACCAACUUCGGAUAUGUAUGAUGUCAUAUGGAUAAAAAAAUCUGGUAAUUCUACAUGCUUCAGUGUGCCAUACUGAUAAAAUUUAUAAAUUCACAGAUGAUUUGUUAGCAUUAUAUUGAACAUCCAGCUGUAAAAGAAAUUGUUCCUACAAAAUCUAUUCUACCGAUGGUUAGAAACAAUGAGUUCAGGAGGUUCUGAGUUGUUGCUUGUCUUGUUAGAUAAUCGAUGUGAAGUCCUCUUUAAAUCCUACUCUCUCAUCUUGAAAUAAAGAAAGUUUUAGAUAAUAUAAUCCUAUACACACCAGAACUGAAAAAAAAACCCCAAAAAAUAAAGAAGAAAAGAAAAA